ACACUUAGUAUAUAUGGUAACCAACUCUCAGGUUCCUUCCCUUCCAUCAUUUUCACCAUGCCUUCGUUGAUAUCUACUGACUUAAGUCAUAAUGGAUUAUCUGGUGGACUCGAUCUCUCCAACCAUUUUUGAGUAUCUUCCUAAUUUGGAAGUGCUUUAUUUGUAUGAUAACACGUUUGUUGGUGAAAUACCAUCCACUUUAUCAAAAUGCAGACAUUUGCAACAUUUAUCCUUGGCGAACAAUCGUUUAACAGGAGUCAUACCAAAAGAAAUCGGAAAUUUGACUCGACUUAAGUCGUUAUUUCUUGGCCUCAAUAGUCUCCAAGGAAACAUUCCACAGGAGUUGGGAAAUCUUGCACAACUGAGGAGUUUUUCACUUGUAUCUAAUCAUCUCAUCACUGGAGUCAUACCAAAAAAUAUUCUAAACUUGACUCGGCUUCAGAUGUUUUCUCUAUACCAAAAUAAAAUCCAAGGAGUCAUACCAAAAGAAAUCGGAAAUUUGACUGAGCUUAAGGGGAUGCAUUUUGGCUACAAUCAACUACAAGGUGAGAUGCCACAUGAAAUCGGUGAUCUUCAUAAUCUAGAGGAGUUGGGACUCUCAUGGAACAACCUAGUUGGACCUAUUCCAACCACCAUCUUCAACAUCUCAACAAUUAAAAUAAUUGGAAUUGCAGGAAAUAAACUCUCAGGAAUUCUUCCAUCUAAUACUAAAGUUCCAAAUCUUGAGCGUCUUACAAUGGGAUCUAAUGAUUUUAGUGGGCCAUUUCCAAGCUUCAUCAGCAAUGCUUCCAAGCUUUCAAUGCUAGAUAUUUCAAGUAAUUCAUUCACAGGCUUCAUUCCUAGUACAAUUGGUAAUUUAAGAAACCUUGAGUGGCUUGUCUUGGCGGACAAUUACUUGACAUCACCCACUCCAAAUUUGGGCAUUUUUUCUUCUUUGGCAAAUUGCAAGAAUUUAAAACAUUUAGAGUUAUCAUCAAUUCCAUUCAAUAGCAUCCUUCCAAGUUCCAUAGGAAAUCUUUCUAUUUCCUUGGAAAAUGUUUACAUGAAUGAUUGCAAUAUUAGUGGCAACAUUCCAAAAGAGAUAGAAAACUUAAACCACCUGAUAGAAAUCCAACUUGAAAGCAAUGAAUUGACUGGACCUAUUCCAACUACACUAGGUGGACUACAAAAACUCCAAGGUUUGAAUCUUAGAGAUAACAAAAUUAGAAGGAUCCAUACCAGAUCAUCUUUGUCGUUUGAUUAAAUUAGUUGAGUUGCAACUAGAUGGUAACAACAUUUAUGGAUCUAUACCUGCAUGCUUAGGUAAUCUCACUACACUAAGAAAACUAUCAUUGGCCUCUAAUAGGUUAACCUCUGUC